GUUGUCCUGGAAGUCGGCGUAAGUCGGAAAUCUUCGACUCAGUUCACGUUGCAAUAAUCAUUUCCUGACGUACUUGUACAACUUAGAUGAAGAGCUCAACGUUAUUCCCGUAAAUGGAGGUGUACUCGCUGAUGCUGCACUUUUGGAAGGAGCAACCAAUGUGGAAUUGAAAGUGCUCUUGAGCUGAAAUGUUGAAAAUAACCAUAAACCCAGCCAUUGGUCGGGAGCAAACAUUCUCACCCUUCUGAAAUUAGUUUUCUGGAAUUGAAAUAUUGGAAUAAAAAAGAAUUGUUUGUGGCUGCCUUCAGAGGAACUUUUCAGCAGUAAUAUCCGCAAUGACACAGCUAGCUCGCUUACUCCCUCUUCACUGGGACUUGAUUGAUCAGUGCCUUCUGCUGCAGAUGACAGAGAACAGUGGAGCAGCAGGUAGUGGCAGCUUCAUUCAGCAGCUGCAGCAGAUCAUCCCGUCUCAGCUGCCUGUCACCAUGUCGACAGCUGGCAUCAUUAUCCAGAACCAGUAUGGUCAGCAGGCCGUGAUUCCAGUGACAGCUGCCAUUCCACCUGGUAUCUCAUUGACGGCGCAGGAUCUACAGAAUCUUCAACAGCAGAUUUUACUGCAAGCUCAGAAUAAUCUGCAGCAGCAGACAGCUCCCACCCAGCAGCAGCAAGCAGCACAGCAGCAGCAAGUGGUGCAGCAAGGUGCCCAGAAGCAGUUUCAGGGGGCUCUCACCACACAGAGCCAGGUCCAGGCAGAACAAUCGGCACGACAGCAGAUCAGUAUUGCUCAACCCCAAACCUCCAUUCAGCUGACAAUCCCAACUGCAGCCAGCUCAGGAAAUGUCACCGUCAGCCAGCCCCAGGCAACACUGCAGACAGUGCAGAUUCCUACUGCCACCCUCCAGGCCCAAGGCCUCCAGGGUCUGCAGCAAAUAGUGUUGGUAAACACUGCUCAGCUUGGUGCCUUUCAGUCUCCUCUGCUGGUACAAAAUCAGCAUACCUCAGGUACGAUACCAGUGUUGCAAAGUUUACCUGCUAUUGUGACUCAGACAUCUCAAGGGCACCUGCAACAACAACAACAACAGCAGCAACAACAGCAACAACAGCAGCAGCAAGUUCAGCCACCUUCUCUUACACUACAGACAAACAUUCAGGCCCCUCAAUCUCCAGACUUAAGUCCAUCAGCUUCUGUUGAGUCGCCAACUGUUGUUUUCUCCAAUGCUGUCACCACUAUGUCUGUGCCUGUGGAGGAAAACAUUGAUUUGGAGGAACUGGAGCAAUUUGCCAAAACUUUUAAACGCAGGCGUAUUGAACUGGGCUUCACACAAGGUGAUGUGGGGAUGGCGAUGGGCAAAUUGUACGGAAAUGACUUCAGCCAGACAACCAUUUCGCGCUUUGAGGCCCUGAACCUGAGCUUCAAAAACAUGUGCAAGCUGAAGCCGCUGCUUCACAAGUGGCUGCAAGACGCCGAUGCAAUGUCACGCAACCCCAGCGCCAUGGGAGGAGCUGGGGGCACCCUGUCAGCUGCCCUGUCAGCCGAUGCUAUGGGUAGGCGACGAAAGAAGCGUACGAGCAUAGACACCUCCAUCCGUGUGGCUCUGGAGAAGAGCUUCCUUCAAAACUCUAAGCCAUCAUCUGAGGAGAUCGCCAUUCUGGCUGAUUCCCUCAACAUGGAGAAGGAGGUGGUGAGAGUCUGGUUCUGCAACCGCAGGCAAAAGGAGAAGCGCAUCAACCCUCCUCCUGCCUUUAGUGCUGGAACUCUGCAGAUGGUGUCACCGCAGAGCCUGCUUACUACUCUCCCAGUGACUGCAAUAUCCAGCAAUGGAACCUCUGUCAGCACUGUCAACACCAUGUCCUCUGGCACAGUGGUUGCCACAUCAGCCAACAACCCAACCUCACAGGUUUCGGAACUGAACAGUACAACUUUGAAAGGAGAUACCAAGCAGUUUGCAUCCGCAGCUGUGGUGCUUGCCAAUGCUGCAGCAGGAAACAUUCCCCUCGUUUCUUUAGCAGCUGGGCCACAGGUGCUUGGCUCUCUCCAGAUGGCUGCUGGGGGGAACAACUCUGCUUUUGUCAUCCCUACUUUGGACAAAGAUACAGUUACUAAGCAACAGCAGAUGAACUCGGCCACUCAAGCUUUGACCAGUGUGGUGAAAGCCAGUGGCAUGGCUUCCAUGAAUGUGACUUUGACUUCCGGCAGUCCCACUGCAGGGAGUGUGAGCAUGAUAGACAAUGCAUAGAGCAGGUAGCCAACCUCAAGUCAUACUCUGGAUAUGUCAUUGAGCUUGCUGGUGUGUUUGUAUGCACCUGCAUGCACAGGUGUGUGCCUGUUAUGGAUUUGCUGCUUCUCAGGAUGAGGAUCUGAUUAAACACCUGCCUCGUGUGUCAUGACAGGUGCAGUGGUAUAUGUAUUUGUGUGUGUGUUGGGGGGAAGGCAUGUGUAUAUGUUUGUUAACUUUGUAUCUUGUAACAUACUGAACUAGAAACUGCUGAGUGUCCUAGGACACUGCCAAUAGAUACAUUCCAUUUUUUUUAUUUGCGAUCAUGUAACAAAUUAUGUGCUUCUUGCAUCUAGCAACUGUCGAAUGAUGACACUGCCUCUGCCCAGCAUAAGAACUGCCAAUGUUUAUGAUUGUCUAAAAUUAGUUUGGAAGACUGGGCUUUGUUCAUUUCAAGACAGUGUUUUAUCCUUGAUCCAAGUGAGCAACAAUUGUGUUUUGUUUUUGCGGUGCAACCUUCAAAAUGUUGUGCCUACUAUACAGGAUUAUAGAAAUCUGUGACAUCACUUGAGUGCGAUAGUUACCAUGGACACACCUAGUUAACAUGAGCUGCUGGGAAGGAAAGUCCUAUUAGCUUGGAGGGUAGCAAAAUGUUUAUAUGAUGUGUGGUGUGGAAGAUUAUUUUAUUGCACAUGCUCAUCAUGCCAGUGACAUGAAGUGUAUCCCAGUGUUUACACAAGCUUACAAGCAUUGUCUUUCUGGCAAAACUGCCUUUUUGAAAGAUUAGGCCGUUAAGAGGAACAAUUACACCAAAUUCUGCCAUCUAUUUCCACAUAUUUUUAGAUAGAAAAAAUACUGUAUAGUUCAGCUAAAAAGUUUAAUUAGAACCUUAGAAUCUUUACUCAUUUAUUAACCAAUAAAAGGAUGACAGAUAAUUGAGCACAGUUUGAUUAAAUAAGGUCUUUUAGCAAUGACCGUUUUUUUAUUUCACACUGAGAUUUUGUUAAAAGACCUUCAGAAAAGAGGUAAAGGUAAAAGGUCAUCCCGAUGUUUUCAGGUCGUGUUAAAGACCUCACUUUUCUUGGGGCCAGCUUUAAGCGAGGGUGGUGCCCAUCUCCACUCCCUUUGCUGGCUUACCUUCCCCAACCCGAGUACCGCUCACUUUGAACUCCAGUGCUCUAGCUACUUGACUGUCUACUUCACCCUUCAGAAAAGAGCAAGCAAUAUAAUGUAGCAUUUUCUCUGUAACUGGCGAUGAAAAGGUGGUACAGGGACUGGCUUAGGGUGCGGGGAAAUUGUUUUUGGAUACUUAUUAUGUAGUAUUUGCUUUGAAACAGUGUCAUUUAUUUAAAGAACUAAAAUGCAUUGAAAAAUACAAUUUAAAGACAGAAAUAUCAGAUUUUGGGGUAGUUUGUCUCUUCAUAAAAUUUGCUUGUGGUAGUUGUCAUGUAUUUUUCUAAAAUGAAAAAUUUUGUUGAUGAACUUUGAAAUAUAUAUGUAAGCUUCAGUCUCUUCUUCUGUAGCCUGUGCCUGGAAACGCACAUUUACUCAGAGAGGUGCCUAAACAUAAAUGCAUGUCUCCACUUUGAAUAAAUGCAUUUUUUCAGGACAGCAAGAGUAUUUUGAAGGAUGAGCUGUUGCUGGUAUCCAGUGCCAACCAAAGAUUUCUUCUAAAGAAUCCUUUUUAAAGUUAUGCACAAAUUACAUUUGCAUGGAACAGAGUUAGGUCUGCAAGAAUGUUACUGCUCGUGAUCACACACACUGCUCUGCUAUUUUAUCAAUCCAAGUUUUAAUGAGAAUUUGUGGUAUACACCGAGUUAAUAGUGUGUAUAGUUUGUGUCAUUCCAGAAAUCAGCUUUCCCCUUCUUCAGCAUUUAUUAGUGCAUAAAGUUUGCUGGUAGUCAGAUGGUGAUGGUGCUAUGGUGUGUGGAUGUUAACAAGAACACAGCAUCAGCCUUUUAGCUUGCAUGCUCCUUUUACUCCCUUCAAAACUGUCGACCUGUCAUGAAUCCAAGGUGGUUGUAUGUUACUCAAUGCACGUAAACAUCUGCUUUUAUGCAUCAAUGCAGUGAUAAUGGAUUUAAAACUAUUUUUCUUUCAGACUGUGCCAAGAAAACAUCCGCAAGCAAUACAUGUUCAUGGUUUGCACAACUUAGAUGCAUUGCUACCAUCUUUUAUCCAUCAGUGCCGUGUGGCUUGAAGUUUCUGUUUUUCAUGUUUUUCAGGGUACAGCCGUCCAUAAAAUUUCGCUUGAGAUUACAAGUGUUUGAAUGUGUUUUCUGAAUAUCAGUGGCCAUCCCAGUGUUUAAACAUUUUAUAAACAUUCCUUUGUAAACAUUUAUAAAAUGUUUAAAUGCUAGGGAUAUUCUUAUGCAGAGUUCAUCAAACAUUUUGAAUAAAAGUUAUGUACUAGAAGUUACAAUCAUCGGAUCAAAGUGUAAAAUUGCAUGACUUUGAUGGAGAAAACUCAUGUAAAUCAGAUGAAUACUAGUGUUACUUUACCUUGUUUAAGACAGUUAUAACAUGUCAAUUAAGCACUUGCAGCAACACAAUGUUACAGUCAUCACAUCUGAUGUGAAAAUUACAGUGGUGAACUAUUACUUGGCUAUUUUGUUAUGCCCUGUAUUUAACCUAUUCUCUAUUGUCAAUGUUUUAAUUGACAUCCCACAGCUGUUAAGCAUCUUUAAUCCAAAAAGUUCAAAAGUAAGGGUAGCAUCUGUAAAAUGCUCCCUAAGACAUUCCUGCAUAUGAAUUGCUGCCGAGGUUAAUGUUGUCAAGGGCUGUCACCCUGUCAUUUAAACUUCAGAUUCUAUACCAUCUGGCAGGUUAGUCAAACCAUAAAUGCAGCAACUCCAAUCUUAACACAUCUUCCUGUGUGACACCUAGUUUUUUCACUUGCUUAAAAAGCAAUAGAAUAGGUCUUAGCAAUUGCGUUUAACACAUUAGUCUAUCCUACUCAGUCAAUGCAAAUACAGUAGAAUGAUGAAAAGUAAAUCUUUACUUAGCAAAACAGCGUAAAGUAAACAAACAUUGUAGACUUUAUUACUAUUUUAUGUUAUCUGGCAGUACUGAGAGCUACACAAGUCAUAGCCACCCAUUUAGCUGUCUUAAAAAGGUUCUGUCUAAAGCUUGUCAAGUGAAGUGGGUGAAAAUGCUGGUCUUGGAAUAUCUAAUUUUAAAAAUCAAACAACCUGAAUCAUAUAUGAUAAUUAGCAAACAUAUUUUUCUCAUUUCAAUGUUCCAUACUUUGAUCUGUGCAAAGAAUUCAAUUUUUACCUAACGACUGCUGCUAUGUGAAACAAUGCAAAGUAAUGGGUAUAUUGCACAAUUGAGUACAAUGACAUACACAUGGCUCUUCAUCUUCCAAUAACACUUUUGUUUCAUUCGGAUAAAUUACUGCAUGUUUUGUAAGGAUGAGAAAUGUGUAUGAGAUGCAAAACAUUCUGGUAUCACAUCAGCACUGGCAGAAACUUUGGCUAAUGUGUAAACCCCACAUGAUAUUGUACAUCUUUUGAAAACAAAAUGUAUUUGUAUACUGCUUAGUAUGAUAAGUUAAAGCAUUCCAUUAAAAUCAUGAUCGUGUCAUGAAAAGUGACAUUUUCAAAAUUUGUAUUAUCUUAAUUUUCAUUAUUGUACCUACUUCGGCUACCUGCCUAUUGUGCGUUGUUUUUAUCAUAAACCUGCCCUCCUUUCCUUCCACUCAUAUUUUUUACCCCAUCACAAAUCAAUGCAGAUCUUCAUGCAAUAUAUUGGCUCAGUGAGCUGAAUACUUUAUAACACUGCACAGAAGAUCAAGGAGAGACUAAAUAAAAAUUACUUUUCUA